AUGUAUAUAUAUAUUCUCGGUGGUGCACGAGGCCCACCGCCAAAGCAGGAGCAAAUAUUAUGUGUUUGGGGGGUGGGAGGGUGGGGUAGGUGGGUGGGUGGGGGUGUGGGGGUGGGGGGGGGGGUGAGGGGGUGGGGGUGGGGGGUGGGGGUUGUGGGGGGUGGGGGGGUGGGUGGGUGGUGGGGGUGGGUUGUGGUGGGGGUGGUGGGGGGGGGGGUGUGUGGGGGGGGGGGGUUGGUGGGGCGUGGGUUGGUGGGGGUUGGGGGGGGGGGUGGUGGGUGGGGGGGUGUGGGUGGGGUUGGUGGUGGGUUGUGGGGGUGGUGGGUGGGGGUGGUGGGUGGGGGGGUGGUUGGGUGGGGUGGUGUGGGGGGGGUGGUGGGGGGGUGGUUGGGUGGGGGGUGGGGUUGGUGUGGGUGGUGGGGUGGUGGGUGGGGGUGGGUUGGGGGGGGGUGGGGGUGA